GGGAGGGAGAGAAGGAAGGAGGAACAAAGACAAUAUAACACUGAAUGGUAAUCAAACUCAUACUUGUACAGGUGAGAAGAUAGAGAGCAUAGAAUGUCCUCGUACUGAAAAAUGUGUUACUGUAGCCACUGCAUGUGUGAGAGUGUGUGUGUGUGUGGUUUGAGCAGUGUGUAGCCAGCUCAUCUGCUGUGACCCAGGUUAAUAGGACAUCUCCAUGGCUCACCUACACACACACACACCAUAAUCCCCCACCAUGACUGUCUGCUCGCUGCCCCUUUUGACUUACACACAUGCACAUACCCACAGACACACACAUAAAAAUGCCCCCUGCACCUGUCCUUCUUUUUUUGACUCAUACACACCCACAUGCACACUCAUACACAAGCUCAUACACACCUUUAACCUCCACACACCCUUCCUGUUUCUGUUUUCCUCCCUUCUCCUUUGCUGCCUUCUGUCUCAGUCUUGGUGAGGAGUUCUAUAAGGAGGCCAUUGAACACUGUCGCAGCUACAAUGCCCGUCUGUGCGCCGAGCGCUCCAUGCGUCUCCCUUUCCUGGACUCCCAGACCGGCGUGGCCCAGAGCAACUGUUACAUCUGGAUGGAGAAGAACCACCGUGGACCAGGUCAUGCUCCAGGUCAGUUGUACACAUAUCCUGCUCGCUGCUGGCGCAAGAAAAGGCGGCUAAACAUCCUGGAGGACCCACGGCUUGUACCAAUAGAGUUCAAGAUUGACUAUGAAGCCUCACUAAAGAAGGAGGGGGGCAUCCCAGACGGUCCUGUGCUGGAGUCUCUGCUUGCCGGGGAAACCCUGGACAAGAAAGUAGAAACCAAGGAAGAAGAGCCAAUGAGCGAGUGUCAGAAGCUGCUGGUUGGGGAUUUCCCUCAUGAACUAGAGGUGGAUGAGAUGGAGGAAGACGUUCCAAAGCGCAAGAACCGUACCAAAGCACGGGCCUACGGUGUUGGGGGCAUGAGAAAGAGACAAGAACCGCCUGCCAUUGAAGACAGAGACAAGCCUUACGUCUGUGAUAUCUGUGGAAAACGCUAUAAGAACCGCCCAGGGCUGAGUUACCAUUACACUCACACACACCUGGCAGAUGAGGAGGGGGAAGAAGACUCUGAGCGACACACACUACCCUUCCAGCGCAAGAACAACCACAAGCCCAAGAAAGCCCCAGACGGCUCAGUGAUUGCCAACGGCUACUGCGAUUUCUGCCUUGGGGGCUCAAAGAAGACCGGCUGCCCUGAAGACCUUAUCUCCUGUGCAGACUGUGGACGCUCAGGCCACCCAUCCUGUCUGCAGUUCACAGUGAACAUGACGGCUGCGGUGAGGACUUAUCGCUGGCAGUGCAUCGAGUGCAAGUCCUGCAGUCUGUGUGGCACCUCUGAGAACGACGACCAGCUGUUGUUCUGUGAUGAUUGUGAUAGAGGCUACCAUAUGUACUGUCUGAGCCCUCCCAUGUCUGAACCACCAGAGGGGAGCUGGAGCUGUCAUCUGUGUCUGAGACAACUGAAGGAGAAGGCCUCAGCCUACAUCACCCUCACUUAAUCUGCAGAGCUGCGCCUCUUCCUCUUGGCCCUUCAUCCUCUCCCAAGCCACCUCUCUGUCACCCCUCUCUGUGCCUCAGCUGCCCUCUUCCUCCUCUCAUCCACUCGCCGCCACUUCGUCUACAAUCUGUCUCAGUGACCUCUGACACGACCAAGCACCCACAGUGCUGCACCCAUCCUCGAACGUCUGCCCAGCGGCGAGCCAACCUCUGUCUUUUUUUGUGUGUAUGUGUCACUCAUUCCCUGAUGUGCUCAACCUGACCCCCCUCCCCUUCCCCUUCGUGCUCUGUCUCAGCAGAGGAAUUCAUCAGCUGGCAAUAAGUUUGCUAGCGAGACUCACACUCCAGCCUGCCAAGGGCACUUCAGAGGCAUACUACUCCACAGGAACCCUCUUAAGGGCCCUCAGAAGAGCCCUAAUGAUCUUCAGCUGCAACUCAGUCAAGUAGUGAGUGAGAAUUAAUAAGAUGGAUAGGUGUUAGGCCGAGGACAGGGCAUGGACCCUAGAUAACCAUGGAGCGGCAUGUUUCUGUGUUAGCCAACUGUGAAAUAUACACCUAACCAAAAUUUCAUGUACUCUCUCUGUCCUUCACUGCGUACGGCAGAGCUAAGACAUUGAACUCUGCUCUGUUUUUUGUCUGUAGGGCUUGCUGCCCUGUGCAGUUUCAAAAGGAAAUGAAUUGUACAGAAUUCAGACUGAUUCUCUAUCUAUACACUGUUGAAAACUCCCCUCACUGGCAAACAAUGAGCAUCUUGUCAGGAACUCAGACCAUUUUUGACCUCACCGUGUCCUCUCUUCUUGCAUGUGGUUUCCACAAAUUAAUGAUGCAUUUUGGGAUUGACACUGAGGGUUUUAGUGUGUGGAAGGGAUCCUCAUAUGAGAGAGAGAGAGAGAUGGAUUUUUCUCUAAUCAGCUGUCUCUGAUCAAACAAUGUAUUUAAAAAUGACAAUUUAGGCUUAGCAUCUCUCACAAAUCCUUUAUCCUUUAACCUUUAUCUGCCCUUCCUUUCUACAAAACAAUGACUGUGAAGACAAUGUGAGACUGACACGCUCCUGGUGCUUGAUGUGUAUUAUCUGUUUUAAGAAUGUAGGAUUGAUGUGUGGACAAUGCAGAUCUUUGUCUGGCCCAUGCAGAGGCCUGAAAACGUCUUUUUUAUGAUUCCUUUUUUUAUUUAUCUUUUUCAUUUGCAUGUUAUUUCAAUUGUUUUUAAAGACUUUUGAUUGAAAUUGAAAAGAAAGCACACUUAAUUCGCAAUAAUGUGUUUGUGAUAUGAACUAUUUUGGCCAAACUGGGUGUGUUUUAAACUCUGUAUGACUGUGUUUCUGUCUGUGUGAGUUUGUCUGAGCACUACAGUAACUGUAGACAGCUCCAUGCUAGGUGGUAUCUGCGAGAGUACAAAGGUAAUCUGAAUGUAAGGAAAGUCUGCGUUUUCUUGUUCAGGUAUUCCAACAGAGUGGGACAAAGUCAUUGUUUUACAACUCACAAGUGUCAAGUCUUGGCACUGCCAACAGGUCUU